AUGAAAUUAAAUACAAGCACAUCUAGUGCUCCAUUCAUACCAUAAAGACCAGUUAGUUAAAAUUCAUCAUUUGUUUAAGGAAGAAUGUAAACUCCUCCUAGAGUAGCACGGUUUGCUGAUACAUCACCUCAUGCAUCUUUCGAAUUUGAAGAUUUGAAUUCAUUAUCACUUGAAGAAAUCAAUAGAGAAUUAGAUUAGAAUAGUAUGUAUAUUUUUAAGUAGUUAAUGAGGUGAUCAUGUUGCUUAAUAGAAGAAAAAGUUUGAUUUUAAAUAAAAAGAGAAGACUUAAAGAGGAAUUUUCAAAUAAAAUUGCUGAAUUAAAGAGAUAUCAAUAUGAAGAUUAUGUUUAAGAUUUACAAAGAAUUGAAGAUCCAUUGAUAUAAUCACUUAUGCAAUAAAAAAGCUUACCAAAAAUGCAAAAGUUAUUAGGGAAUGUUAUGAGAGAUUAACAAGAUCGUAAAGUUAUGGAAUUAAGUAAAUCAUAAGAAUUUUGGUAACACAAUAAAAAUGUUGAAACAGAAAUUGACAAUCUACUUAAAAAAUUGAAAUAUUUUGAUAAUGAACUUGAAAAAGACAAUAAUGAGAUAUAUGAAAUUUGUAGAUAAUUAGAUUCAAUUGAUGAUAAUAUUAGAGAUUUACUUAUUACUAAAGUAGAUGACAAUGUUUAAAGAGCAGAACCUUUAUUUGCAAAUAAAUAAAGAUAAUAAUCAAUCCUUAAUGGUAAAUUGAAUUAGAGAAAUAAAUUAAAAGAUGAAAAGAUGAAUUUAAUUUAUAAAAUUAUAGAAGAAUUAUAAAGAUUAAGAGGAUUAAGAUAAGAAAGGAUAAAUAAAUUAAAUAUAGUAUUUGGAGAUGAAGAAAAUAUAUCAAAUUAGAAUUUUUAAGGAUUGUAAAAUGUUUAAGGUUCAUAAUAGAAUUUAGAUUAACCUUAACCAUCUAAGUUAUAGGCUUAUAUGGAUUUUAUGGAAUAAUUUGAUAAUAUAGCAUAAAUGAGAGAUUAAAUAUCUAAAUUGGAAUAAGCAGAAUAAGCCUUAUUAAAUGAUUUAGAUAGAUUGUAUAGAGAAAGUGAUCAAGUUUUCAGUGAAUUAAUUAGAAGAAUAUCAGAGGAAGCCAAGACAUUUAAUGAAUGGACAGAAAAUCUUAAAAAAAGGAUUAGAUAUAUAAAAGCAAAUGAAUAUUUCUUUUCAUAAACUAAUUUACCUGAAUAGUAAAAUGGAUUACUUAAUUCUUUACAAUUAGAUUUGAAAGAAGUUAGUAGAAAAUUUAAAGAAAAUAUGAAUUAUUUGAAACCAUUAAUUGAAGAAGAUGCUACAAUUAGAGCAGGUUUAGAAAAAACAGGAAGUACUAUAUAAUAAUUUAAAAAUAUGAUAUUGUAUAAUAUUAUUAUUAUAAUUUUGUUAGGGCUAUUUAAAAUGAAAAAGAGAGGAGAAGAGAAUUACUUUAAAUUUUAGAGAAUUGUGCAAGAUUAAGAUAAGAGGAGGAUAUGUAAUUUAAGAGACGUUAUUUUUAGGAAAACUGAAUAAUUGAGGAAUAUUGAAUUAGAAAUAAAUAAAAAAUUAUAAUAGAAACGUAAUUUAGAAGAAGAUUUAGAUGGAGUAUUAGGUGAUGCUGAUUUAAAUACAUUUAAGAAAAUAGGUAUUUUAAUUAAAAAAUAAGAUUAGAAUCUUUAUUACAUGAUUAUGAUUAAGAAUUAGUUCAUUUAAAUAAUUAAAAAAGAAAAAUAAUGAAAGAAAUAGAAGAGAUUAAUUAAUCUGUUAUUAAUUUAUUAGCAAGAAUAAAAAGUGAUUAUGAUGAUAUUCUAAGAGAAAUAUUACCAAAAGAUUGGACUAAUACAUAUGAUUUAAAAAAAAUUACAGAUUUAAAAAGAAUGAAGAAUUACUUAAAAAAGACAUUUAAACGUUUUGGUAUAAUGUCAGAUUGA